GCAGGGCUCGCUACUUGCAGACCAUCAGGAGGGGAGGGACCACCUGCCGACCCAUAGGAGAAUCUACGCCGUAGACGCACUUCUAGCCAUCCAAAUUCUCUUUCAACAGACUGCGCAAUGGAUUUCACGCCCACUGACAAUGAUGUGGAUAUGAUGCACGAUGACUCGAUGCUCAACGCUAAUCUGGCGGCGCAGUACGGUCACCAGCAGGGACAGCGCAUGCCUCCACAUCCGGGUAUGCAGGGUAUGAACGCCGAUCCGCAAGCUGUGUUCCCCGGCGUCUACGUGCCUGGCUUGAACCCUAUGGAUCAACCCCAACAAGGUGAUGCCAUGGAGGAAUAUGCUCGUCUAAUGGGCAUCAAGGUGGAGAACGACGACCCGAACGUCAAUGCAAACGCCUUCGGUGUUCCUGGUCCCAACAAUGACAUGUCCAAGAUCCAAGCCAACGCCGCGUACUUCGAGAACCUCAUUAACCGCGACCGCAACGACGGCAUGGAUGACGGUAACAACGUCACGUCCAUGACGCUGCCUGCGGGUAUUGGUGGUGGCAUGAACGGCUUCAUGGGUGCACCUAUGCCACCUGCGCCGCCCAUGUACAACCCCAGCACGGAGCUAGCGUUCCAGGACGGAGGUUCGCGACUGUACGACCCGUCGUCUGGCUUCCCGGGACAGUCUCCGCCUCUGCCCUUCCACAAAGGUCCUCAGGUGCGACCGGGUAUGCUCCCUCCUGAUAUGGUGGGGUCACAAACCUUGCCACCCGAGAUCAUCUCGGCGAUGAUCAAGAACAACCCGACGCCCAACUUCGAGAACCUCAGCGAGGACGAGAAGCAGGCGCUGAUCAAGGAGGAAAAGUCGCGAGAGCGUAACCGUGACCAUUCGCGCAAGUCGCGUCUGCGCAAGAAAGAGUUUGUCGAGUCGCUUAAGCACGAGGUCGGACAAUUGCAGGUGUACCAGCAGAUCUGUGAACAAUGCAUGGACUGCAUCGCUCUGGUGGCCGCAGAAGCCUCGGCGGUGUUCCUCUUCUCGAGCGCCGCCUAUACGCGCGUUCUCGGGUACCAGAACCACCAGAUUGUGCCUGGUCAGACGAGCUUCCUGGAUAUGGUGCACCCGGACAAUGUGCAUGCAGUCCGCGCGGUGUUCACGAAGCUUAACACGUUGGGCGAAACCCAUAGAUUUAAAUUCCGAAUAAAAUCGAAGGAUGGCGAGUACUUCAACGCGGAGACGACAGCUCGCCUGGCGGAGAAGGGAGUGGUGUGCUCCACCCGUGUGGACCGCGACAUUUAA